GGGACUUGGAGUCAGGACCUCAGUGUCUCUGAUCCUGGUUAUCUCCUUGUGUUAGUGUCCAGUGGCUGGCAGUUACUGAUGUUCCCCUAGUUCCAUUCAUUACUGCCAGUGUGGCCUUAUGAUUCAUAAAACCCGGCUCUCCGUGCUCUGCUCCAGUGAGCAGCGUGCGAACACGUCAAUAUUCCCGCAGAGGGGGGGUGUGACGACAUCAGUCACCGGGCGGCUGAACGUGCUUAUGGCAGCUUUUAAUUCAGAAAUAUGUACAGUAUCUGCAGCUCUCAAUGCCGGACUGAUCGAUGGCUCCGUCCGCGCGCUCUCCUAACCGCCCCCGUUUCAUCACGUUGGCGUGACCUAUCGCUGCUGGCGUCACGGGGGAGCGGGAGCGCAGAGCCUAUAAAUCCAGGGCGCCGUCCCCAUCCUCUCUGCCGGACUCCGGGCUCGCAGCGUCUCUGGCACCAUGACGGGCUUGAGGACCUUCACGUUGACCUACGUCCUCACCCUUCUGCUCCUGGCGUCGUUUCUCUCACAGUCGUGGGGCGCGCCGAAGGGCUCUUUCCAGCGGAGAAACUGGACCCCGCAGGCCAUGCUGUACCUCAAGGGCACGCAGGGACGCAGGUUCAUCUCAGAGGACCGAAAAGAAGGAGAUGUCUAUGACACGCUGCACUUAGAGACCCGCAGUCAGAACACAGAGAAGCUGAGCGUGGACCAGGCUGCCACCGUCCUGCUCAACUUCCUACAGCAGGCCAGAGAGGCAGGUGAGAGCAGCAUCUGUCUGACACCGCAGCUGGGCCACAUGUGCAGCUCAUACUUCAGGGCUGAGAUUUGGCCUACUCCCUGAAGCUGUACUAAUUACUAUCAAUCCAGCAAAUAGCACAUUAUGACCCAAACAGUUAUUGUGCUUCUCGUAAUUAUAUAUAUAUAUAUAUGUAGUUUUUCUUUAAAAACAUAGAAAUUCGAGGUAAAUUGCUGUAUUAUUAAGGCACUAAAACCCAUUUAUGAUCACAUAACCACGCGCAAAAAAAACCACGCAGAAGAGUUGGCGGUGCUUUUUUCAGUCCUCAGUAGUUCAGCCCUGACAGCUUCCACCAGGCAAAACCCACGGCAAACAGGUCGACACUCCCUGCUGCUCGUCAAGCUUAUAAAAACUGAGGAUGAGCGUCUGUUUCAUCAAUCAGAGCUUUUCCCCCUGGAUUAUGAUAGCUUGGGCAUACUGGAUAACUAUUACUACUGCCACUGGAUAACUACUGGAUAACUCAUCUGCAUGUUCAUUGCAACGUUAAUGCAACACCAGCAUCUGCAGUUAAUUUUUGUGGAGUUAAAAACCUCUUACCACCCUCUCUCUGAACACCUGCCUGAGAGAGCUUUUAGACAUACUUUUAACAGGUGGAAGUAGUACAGGAUUCCCACACUCGCUUAGACAUCAAAUUUAAGGAUCUUUCCAAUACUUUCAAGGGCAUUUAUUGAUGAAAUUCAGGGGAACUGGCAUGGUCAACAAGUGCUACACAAUAUCAGCACAGAUUCCUAUACUGUGGGGGUUUUCCUUUGAAUUUGAAAUGUUUAUUUCUACAGGACAAGAGCUCCAGACAAAUUUUUAAGGCUACAAUUUUUCCCUAAAAUUUGCAAACAUUCAAGAAAUGCAGAUGAAAGAUUAUGUGUCCUUUGCCCUGUCUUUGAGUCAAGACAUAUAUUUUUUAAUUCCAUAAUUUAAUGUUAGUUUUCUCUUUCUCUCAUCUAGCCGAUGAAAACCCAAAUGAGGUGUAUUUCCAGGAGCUGCCGGUGUGGAAGAGAGAAUAUUUCUGAUAGUCUUUCAUACGUUUGUAAAGCUGCCAGACAACACCGUCUUUCUUUUUGAAUGUAAGGUGUUCUGUGCUAUGUGUGGGAGAAGAACAUCUGUUUUGUAAAUGUGAAUUCUCUGACUAUGUUUGAAAUGUGAUGUUUUAAUAAAAAGAGUUUGCAUUCAUAUCACUAUUGA